AUGACUCGAAAAGUCGAAGUCGAUAAUCGGAUUCCUCUCCGUAAUUACUACCGAAUCGCGGAUAAUCUCCUCCGUCAGGCCAAUAUACACAGAGAAGAGAAUAAUGUAGUAGAUUUGUACAUAAUACUACUUAGAUACGUAAGUUUGGUUUCUGAAACUAUACCUUAUCAUCGAGAUUUUCAAGCUUUGUAUCAAAAGGAAAGAACAAAUCACAUGAAAAGAUCAUAUGCUGCAUUAAAUGAGGUUGAAUCAAUUAAGCCUGAAUUCCAGCGGCGUUUGGAUGAGCUAGAAAAGGCUUACUCAAGAGCUCAGCAGUUUGAAUUUAAUGGUUCAGGAACAUCUGCUUUGGAAUGGCUACCUGCUAAUAAAAAUUCUUACUCGAGCAAGCCUGCAGUUGUUGCACCUCAGUCAUCGUGGAAGUAUGAUAAUAAUCAUACUCAAGGGUUGUAUUUAAAGACGUCACAAAUUGACAAGCAAUUGCAGAAGCUGUCUGUUAGUUUACCUUUACCAAAGAAAGAGACUUUAUCGAGACACUCGUUCUUAGGCCCAAAUGGUUUCCGGGGCCAAUGGUCAGGACCUAGUGCGGAGAUAAAGGUUCAGUAUCCAUGCAAUGCUGACUUAAAUUCUACUGAAAAUUCAAGCAUGAAUCAGGCUGGACAAUAUGAUGUUAUGGCAGUAAAAGAUUCCAAUUCUGUGGCUGUUGAAUCUACAAUGGAAUCAGUUCUAUCCUUAGAUGAUGGUAGAUGGCCACAUCUAGCUGAGGACGCAUGCCCAGCAUUAAUUAAUGAAGCAAGGGAAGAUCCUUUUCAGUUUGUCGGCAUUAGGCAACCCGCCCCUCCUCCUGUUCUGGCUAAAGUGCAGCAGGAAUUUACUCCGAUUCCUUCGUCUAAGGUUGCCGAUCCAAGACCUGGACCUGCAAAACCUUCUGAUGAUGGAUUGCCAAGCUCUAAUUCCUAUCAGCAUUUACAUGUUCCUGUAAAUUUGAUGGAAGACUUCUUGAGACUGGCUCGGACAAAUACUGAGAAAAAUUUAGAAACUUGUGGUGUUCUUGCUGGUUCACUGAAAAACAGGGUUUUUCACAUUACUACACUUAUAAUCCCAAAGCAAGAGUCAACUUCAGAUUCGUGCCAGACAUUGAAUGAAGAAGAAAUAUUUGAAGUUCAAGACAAACUAUCUCUUUUUCCCCUUGGAUGGAUUCAUACACACCCAUCACAGACCUGUUUCAUGUCAUCAGUUGAUCUGCACACUCACUACUCAUAUCAGAUCAUGUUGCCUGAAGCAAUUGCCAUUGUUAUGGCCCCGACUGAUGAAUCAAGUCCACAUGGAAUAUUUCAUUUAUCCGAUCCAAGUGGUGUGUCUGUGAUUCGUAAUUGCCAGCAGAGAGGGUUUCAUCCCCAUGAGGAGGCUUUGGAUGGAAGCCAAAUUUAUGAGCACUGUUCUCAUGUUUAUAUGAAUUCCAAGAUGAAGUUUGAUGUUCUUGAUCUUCGGUAA